AUUCCUGUUCGUCUGCCGCGGCUGCCUCGCUCGCUUUCUUCUCGUCGUCUUCAUCCCAUUUCAUCCCAUCCCAUUCCAUUCCAUUCCGUCCGUCCCCGCCUUCCUUCCUUCCUGUCUUCCAUUCUCUUCUCUUCUCUUCUCUUCUCCUCUCCUCUCCCCUCCUCUCUUCCUCUCUUCCACUCUCCUCCUCCUUCUUCUCUUCGGUUUCUCACCUCUUGACUUCAUCUCAUCUGAGCACCACUUUCUCCGGCUCGUCCCACAUUUGUACUUGGUGCCGAUAAAGAGUUUCAAUUCGUGGCUCCGCUCGAGAGGGAGCGAGGGAGGGAGGGGUUCCGGGUUCCGCAGUGCCUGCUGUGCUGUAUCCACGACCUGACGAGGAGCUUGUCGUCGUUCGAAUUUUUUUUUCCCGCUCCUCGGAAGCACCACUGCGAUAUUUUUGGAGCCUGGGGAGCUCGUUUCUUACGCGUGCAUCGGUUUUAUAUCUCGGAAGCUGGUUCAUCGGGUUGAGCCCUUGGGCACAUCAUGAUUAAAUUAUUUAGUGUGAAACAAAAGCAAAAAGAAGCUGCUGAGAGUGCGAAUGGACGAGCGCCUGUCAAGAAGCAGAGCCCAGGCGAACUGCGAGUGCAGAAAGACAUAAGCGAGCUAAACUUGGCCAAGACCACGUCCAUAUCGUUUCCAAAUGGGAAGGAUAAUCUGCUCAAUUUCGAGAUCACGAUUCGCCCUGACGAGGGAUACUACCAAGGUGGCACUUUCGUUUUUACUUUUCAAAUCUCUCAAGUGUACCCGCACGAGGCUCCAAAAGUCAAAUGCAAGACCAAGGUAUAUCACCCAAAUAUAGACCUGGAAGGGAAUGUUUGUCUGAACAUUCUCCGAGAAGACUGGAAUCCAGUUCUUAGUGUCAAUUCUAUCAUAUAUGGGCUGCAAUAUCUCUUUCUGGAUCCAAAUCCGGAUGACCCUCUGAAUCAUGAAGCAGCUGAAGUUCUGAGGGAGAACCCUAGGCAAUUUGAGAACAAUGUAAGAAGAUCGAUGGCUGGAGGCUAUGUUGGAGGUAACCAUUUUCCAAGAUGUAUCUGAUGCGCUCAUGAGCACUGUCACACUAAAUAGGAUAAUUACAGGAAUUUGUGUCUUGCUACAUUUGAUUCUCUUGUAUCUUUGAUACGUCAGUAAUGCAUUCGUAAGGUUGCGGUCAGGUUCUUAUCCUUCCCAUACCCAAUCGACUCGCAUUGUACGACAUAAUCUUUGUAAAGAAACUGGUGUCUGCCUAAUGGCGCAUCCAUCUAGGUGUACGUGCUUUCAUCAUCUUCAACCUGUUUGGAUUUAUAUCAUCAUAAAUUUCAAUGACAGCUUUGGCUGUCCUCACUUUUAGCCACUCAAUGGCCCGUCUUCUAUAUGCGCUGAUGGAAGUGACUGUAGUAAUUGACGUGGUAGUUCUGUUUACCACGCUUCACAAGAUUACAGUAGAUUGAAAGAUGUUAAUUGGGUUUCAAGGUUGUUUUCUGAUGGUUCUUUGUCCAUCAUUGAUCUUUGUACUUGAAAUUUCAUAUUUUGAUCACUACUUUC